CCAGCAACAGGCGGAGGAGAGUGCUGGGGUUUCAGGGCAGAGGAGUGUGGAAUGUAUGUGUCUCAGCCAGCUUUGGGACUGUGGCCUGGGACGGAUAAGGAAUGUGCCUGAGCUGCACACUCAGGGCGAGGCCAGAGGCUGGGGCUUGUUUUCUGCUGCUCCAGAGAAUAGUAUACAGAGCGAUGGAGUCCAACUACAGGAAAGGAGAUUCCACCUAAACUUUAGGAAGACCGUCCUGACGGCUAACCUAGGCGAAGGAAAUCAUCUUCCAGUGCCAUAAAAUAAACUCCUAUUUCCUCCCCACGGCCCCUCCAUGGGUAGCCUCCAUGCCGGAGGGGGCCCGGAGAUCAUCACCAGUGGCGGCGAUGAUGAUGGAUAGCCCCCCCAAGCUGGCCGGAGAGACGCUCAUCGUCCACCACAUCCCCCUGGUCCAUUGCCAGGUGCCCGACCGGCAGUGCUGCGGCCCCAGUAAGAGGAACAACCCCUUCUGCCAGCCCAACUUGGGGACAGUGCGGACGAGCCCCUUUCCAGAGCGGGACCUCUUGCAGGCGGACUCCUUAGUCUACAGUGGUGGCAGCUGUCUGCAUAAGCUUCCUUCAGACGCAGAGUUGGCCCCAGCCACAGAGACGCCAGAAGAGAGCAAGCCCCAGGACCUGGCUUCUCCCGGGGCCAGCAAGCGUCAGAAUCCUUUCCUGCUGAGCGAUGUAGGAGAGGCGCAGGAGCCCUACGAAGAAGAUGACCCCCUGGAGCAGAAGUCCUUCCACUUGCACAGCGGACAGCCCGCUUUCCACUUGCACAGUGAGCUGACUCUGCCGCCCUUCCGCCUGCAUGACACCAACCACGUGGCCAAACCAUGGAGUGCUACAGCUACGGUUACCAGUCGCUUGGACACAGUGGAUGGCCAGGAGGACAAGCUGGGUGGGGAGGACUUGCAGAAGAGGAGGCACCUGGGGCCAGAGAGCAUGGAGCUGGACGAGUACAGCUGCCACCGUGAGGGGGAACCCUCCAGCUUCUCCUUUGAACAGGAAUGGGCCAAUGACUCCGAUGAGCUGGUUCCCAGCCAGGAGGCGGCCCGCAGCCGAACCUGUAGCUGCUCCAGCUCUGAGCUCCAGCGGUGCCGGUGUUGCAGCCUCUCCAGCCAGUCAGAGCCACUGGACCAGCAGAUGGGCUAUGUCAGCGACUCCUCCUGCAACAGCUCAGAUGGGGUGCUGGUCAACUUUAGUGCGCUCUACCACAAGAUGAACGGGCACCACGCCAACCUCAACUCGGGGCCCCUCUCCUGCGACUCCUCUUCUGGCAGCCACUCAGACACAGGGGCCUUUUACCUGGACCUCCACUCCUCCCCUCGAGAGACCAAGAUGCCCUGCGAGCCACAUGGCUUGGGGGGCUCUGGGAAGGCCUGUGGGUGCCAUGGCCCCUCCUCCCCAGUCCUGGAUGCCAACUGCAACUCCUAUCCACCGCUCUGUGAGCCUUGCACCUCCGAGGGCUCCUCGGACCUCACUGCCUGCUUCCAGAGCCAGGCACGGCUGGUGGUGGCCACCCAGAACUACUACAAGCUGGUCACUUGCGACUUGUCUUCCCAGUCGUCCCCCAGUCCGGCCGGCUCGUCCAUCACCAGCUGCUCCGAGGAACACACCCGGGGCAGCCCUCUCCAGCCCACCGAGUAUUACCUGUUCCGGCGGCCGGGGGAGAGCGACACGGACGGCUCCCAGGAGGAGUCACAGGGGGAAGCCGUACCAGAGGCCAACGCCAACACUGCCAUCGAAGGGCAGGUGUACGUCAACGUUUCCCCACCUACCUUGGUGGGUGGGAGGCAACGGUCCCGCAGCUAUGACCGCAACCUAGACCGAAGCCCCACCACCGGUCGGCUGGGCUCCCUGGAGCGCAUGAUGAGCUGCCCGGUCAAGCUGAGCGACAGCCCCGGUCUGGUGCUCCAGAGCUCCCCACCCAAGCGAGUGACAUCCUUUGCAGAGCUGGCAAAGGGUCGGAAGAAGAACGGUGCCUCUCCGCAUUUCCGGGCCAGCCGGGACUCUUCUUUGGAGUUCUCCCCCAUCCCGGAGUACCAGAAGGAUGGCGGCUCCAUCUUCCAGGGGGAUCGGGAAGCCCCCCGGCACAGCCAGAGCCUCCCACCGAUGCCCUGGAUCCACUCCCUCCACCACAGUUCCGAGGGCCACCAUGCUGGCGAACAGGGGUCCGGUAGUGCCCAUAGAAGGGACUCGGGCUCCCGGGAUGUGGCUUCCUGUGGGCAGGAGGGACCUGAGCAGCCCUUCUUCUCGACUCUGGUGGAGGUCGGGGCCAGCUCUGCUAGUAGCCUUGGCCACAAAGACAUCCGAGCGCGAGCUGAUGGUGGUGCUGUAGAGGGGAAGGUUGUCCGCUACAGCAAGGACCAGCGUCCAACCACGUUGCCCAUCCAGCCCUUCGUCUUCCAGCACCACUUCCCCAAGCAGCCCAAGGCCCGGGCGCUCCACAGCCACUUCGCCUCCAGCCUCUCCCAGCUCUACAGCCUCUCAGCCAGCCGCUCAGCCGCCCACCAACUCUUGUCCACCUCCCAGUCCUCCACCUUGGCCACCUCAGCUGACCAGCCCAUGGCGGUGGGGGGCUCAACCCAGGGCCAGCGUUCAGCAGACGGGGCUACCUGCCAUUUCAGUAAGCUGCCCCCAGCUGUCCCGGAGACCACGCGCCCAUCCCCACUGGGCAGCUACUCCCCCGUCCGGAGCAACGUGCCUUUCUUCCAGAGCAACGCGGACUCUUCCUCUGGCUCAUCCCCAACCCUGGAAAGCCACCCGCCCCGGAGCAGGUCCUGCCCGGCCUCUGCCAAUCUCCUGUCCACCACCAGGCCUUCCCCAGCCACAGGCAGCCAAGCGGGCAAUGUGGACAGCACCAACACUCAGCACAAGAAGGACAGGAGCCCUGCCCCCCUUUCUAAGAAGGAAGCAUCCCCGGAAACCAGUGCCCCCCUUGUGGGGUAUGAGCUGAGCAAUGGAGCCUCCAUCCCACCUCUGAUGUCUGGAGGCCUGGGCCUGGCCAAAGUAGGGGGCCUUCACCCAGAACCCCAGUGGAAAGUCAGCUGCGGGGAGGCUGUUGGUGUGGGUUCCUUGGGUGCCGUCCUCAGCCGCCCCCUCAAUGCCAAUCACCUCUCUCCACAAGCGCUCAAGUGGCGGGAGUAUCGCCGGAGGAAUCCCCUGGGCCUGGACCGCGUCUCGGGGCUGACAGGCAGCCUGGACUGGAAGCAGCAGGAGGGGCGCCUGUCCUGGAGGAACCCCAUCUUUGAGUUCCCAGGAGCCUUGAACGCAGGACGCCCCUACACCAGGCUCAACGGCCAGUCAGUGAAACAGCUGCAGCUCAACUACUCUGACUUCUUCCCAGAUUACUUCUCUUUGGCUGAAAAGCCGCCAGCUGAAUUCUGCCUCUCCCCAGAUGGGAACACAGAAUCCAUCUCCAUCGACCUGUUGCAGAAGAAGGGUCUCGUCAAGGCGAUCAACAUGGCCGUGGAUCUGAUUGUGGCACAUUUUGGGACCAGCCGAGAUCCUGGGGUGAAGGCCAAGCUGGGGAACAGCUCUGUGAGCCCCAAUGUGGGGCACUUGAUCCUGAAGUACCUGUGCCCAGCCAUCCGGGACAUCCUGAGCGAUGGACUCAAAGCUUAUGUGCUGGACGUCAUCAUCGGCCAGAGGAGGAACAUCCCGUGGAGCGUCGUGGAGGCUUCCACUCAGCUCGGCCCCUCCACCAAGAUCUUGCAUGGCCUCUAUGGCAAAGUCAGCCAGUACCCAGAGCUCACCAGCCACACCAUGCGCUUCAACGCCUUCAUCUUUGGGCUCCUCAACAUCCGGUCUCUAGAGUUCUGGUUUAACCAUCUCUACAAUCAUGAAGACAUCCUGCAGGUGCACUACCAGCCGGUGGGCUUCCUCUCCCUCUCCCAUGGGGUCUGCCAGGGCCUCUUUGAGGAGCUGCUGCUCCUUCUCCAGCCCCUCUCCCUGCUGCCCUUCAACCUGGACCUCCUCUUCGAGCACCACCUGCUGCAGAUGGGCAAGGAGCAGCAACAGAAGAAGGAGCUUCUCCGCAUCAAGCAGGACCUCCUGCUGUCGGCCCACUCCACCCUCCAGCUGAUGCGGACCCAAGGGCAGAGCAUCACGGAGGGAUGCAGCGGAGGGCGCUGGGGGCCGGCUGGACAGGAUCCCAUCCCCAAAGACCGCAAGAGGACGCUGGAGGAAAUGGCCCCCACCAUGGUCACCACAGGGAGAGUCAAAGGGGUGGGUGCUCCUUGCAGAGGGACCAAGAAAGCCGAGGUGGAGGAAGAGGAGGAGGAAGCGCCCAAGAGAGAACAGCAGAAGGCUCUGGAGGGCCCUCAGGAGCUGAAGAAGGACAAACAGGCCAGCUGGUGGUACCAGCUCAUGCAGAGCUCCCAGGUCUACAUUGAGGGCUCAGCUGAGGGUGCCCGCUUCAUUCGCUACGAGCGGAGGAAGAAGGCAGUGACCACAGCCAGGUCAGCAGAACCCAAGAAGUGGCCACCCCCACCGCCACGGGAAGGAGUAGUGGAAGGGGCCGAAGCUUGCCCCAUCACGGAAGUGCCCAUCAAGGACAGGCCCCCAAUAGGGGCACCAGCAGUGGAUGCAGGACCCAUGCAGAAACUGGAGCCUUCGGCCCAGGAGGAGUCAAAGAAGGAGAAGAGCCGUCCCUCCUGGAUGGGCAGCCCCCCAGAUUCCGUGCUGACGGAGCUGAAACGCACCAAGGAGAAGGAGGACGGGCCACCCCGGAAACCAGGAGGGGCCCUGGCAGAGAAAGGCAUCAGUAUCAGUGUCCCUGAGAACAGCCAGCCCAAGUGGGGUCACCUCUUUGGUUCCCGGAAGGUGCCCAAGGAUCCUAAACAUGCCAACAGGCUCCCCUCCGGCUGGCUGAGUUUGGAUCGCUCUGUCUUCCAGCUGAUGGCCCAAACUGUUGGCGCCAGUGUGUGGAGAGAGGUCGCCUCGGAGCCUGAGAGGGUGGCGCCGGAUCUGCCCCCUUCACGCCCCAAGCACCGGCCGCUGCAGCUGGACAAGAGCACUGCCCAGGAGAUGCCAUGCCAGGUGAAGGCACUCUGCCACCACAUUGCCACUGAGGCUGGACAACUGAGCUUCCAGAAGGGCGACCUCCUGCGCGUGCUGGGCAAGGCGGACGCCGACUGGCUGCGGUGUGGCCGAGGAGCCGAGAGCGGGCUGGUGCCCAUUAUGUAUGUCACCCACAUGGAGGAUGAGGACUACUGAUGCCAAUCACUUCCCUCCUCCUCCUGUGAACCCUGGAGAAGCACAGACCCAUGGAGCAAGACAAUGAUGGGGGCCAGUGGACUGAGCCCAGAUGGACAGACAGAUGGACAUGCCUCCCCCCUUCUCCCUCCGGCCUCUCCUUGCAAAGGAAACUCAGUUGCUAUAGCUGUUCUCCGCCCCACUCCUCUUUCUUCUGACUCGGGGGGGGGGGGGGCUGGCUGCCUCAUUGACUUUGUGGUCAGGGCUCUCGACAUGUUGCCAGGGGCACCCCAGUAUGCAUGCUCCUCUGCCACAGCUCUCCUCUCUUUCUCCUCUUCCUCAGUUGAUCUUUGCCUCCGGCACUUGGGAUUCCUGCUGCCAGGACUCAACACACUGACUGUGAGCAGGAUGGACAUGGUUGCUGAUUCCCCUUUUGUCCAUGAUGGUCCAGCUGAUGUCAAACUGAAACUCCCAGCAUGCGUUGCUCCCCAUGUGGAGGGGCCACACUCUCUCUCUCCCCUGGGAAUGGCUGCCUUCUAGUGAUUGCAGGCAGAAGCUCAGGACUGUCUUGUAGUGUUUGCUGCUAACACCUCCUCUUAACACCUCCUCGUGUCUUGGGCUGUGGCUGUUCACAGGGGACCAUGGGCAGAGCAGUGGCACAGGACCCUCUCCAGCAUCUCUGGCUCCAGGAGGAGGAUGGGGAGCUGCAGGGAUUUGGGGGAUGUAGUUCGGCCUUUCUCUCUCUCUUUCUCUGUAUAUCGUUGAUAGCUAGAAACUGACAACCGUUCUGUGUUAGAAGUAGCUGGUCUGUGGGAGUCACCCCCAGAAGGGAAAAUGGGGGGAUGGAGGGGCACAGGAGCAGGUGGCAGAGCAUUGCUACUGCACUCAGUGCCCCCCAGUCUCUCAUUGGGGUCCUGGAGUCUUUAAACAACCCAACAGCACAGAAACAGAAGGACCCCAAGGGUGGGUUGGGGUGGGUGGAGCGGCGUGGCGUGGGGUAUGAAGUGGGCCCCCCAGUCAGAAGCAUGUGGGGAGGGGGUAGUGCUGGGGAACUGCCUGCCAUAAAUUGGGGAGGAGGUUCUUGAAGGGGGUGUACCAUGCAUUCCCUGGUGGCAUGAAGAGAUGGAGUGGUUCCGGCCAUUUACUGCCUUCUUUUCCUCCUCUCUGCAGUCAGCAGACAGUGUUACCACAAGGAAAGCCUGCCAGGCAGUAUUCCAGGAGUCUUUUUUGGGGGGGGGGUCCUUUUCUGACUUUCCCUCCCCCCAUUGGGCCACCUUCAGAGAGGACCUGCUGAGGAUGAUGCCACGUUUGCUCCUGCGUGUACAUAAAUGCCUCUUGUGGGAAUGGCGCCAUAUUUACUUUGUAUUUCUGGCGUUAGAACAGGGUGUCUAGCCUUUAUUUAUUUCUUUAUUUAUGAUGCAUAUUAAUUAAUAAAAAAGGUGCUGAUGAAA